UGUCAAAAGGUGGACGAAAAGAGUUUAAGACACGGCGGAGAACUGGUGGCCAAAGUGUUGCAAUCGCAUGGAGUCGAGCAUAUCUUCACGCUCUCCGGCGGACACAUCGCUCCCAUUCUGACCGCUUCCGAGAAGUUAGGCAUUCGUGUGGUCGACACCCGGCAUGAGGUGACCGCUGUGUUCGCCGCCGACGCCACCGCACGCCUGUCCGGCAUUCCGGGUGUGGCUGUCGUGACGGCCGGUCCCGGCGUUACCAAUACAGUGACGGCUGUGAAGAACGCACAGAUGGCGGAGUCGCCGAUCGUGGUGUUGGGCGGCGCCGCAGCCACUCUUCUCAAAGGCAAAGGCGCUCUUCAGGACAUCGACCAGAUAUCGCUAUUCAAACCGAUUACAAAGAUGGCGAUCACUGUAACCAAAGUGAGAGAUAUUGUGCCGAAACUGCGCGAAGCCUUCAAAGUGGCCCAAAGCGGAACUCCCGGACCGGUGUUCGUGGAGUUACCGAUCGAUGUGUUGUAUCCGUUUCAGGUGAUCAAGAAGGAGAUCGCCGGCAGUUCUACCGGCAAAGGCAUUGUCGGCAAAGUUGUCAAUUGGUAUCUCAAUAAUUAC